UAGGUGGACACUUAAAGGGUAUGACCGUUGGCUACGAGUCCUGGGGUGAAAUCAACGCCGACCACACCAACUGUAUACUACUGUGUACAGGUUUGUCUUCACACUCCCACGCGGCCAGUAGUGAGCGAAACACAAACCCUGGGUGGUGGGAGAAGUUUAUCGGCCCGGGUAAAGCAUUGGAUACAAACAAAUUCUUCGUGGUGUGCACCAAUGUGUUGGGUUCCUGUUAUGGCACCACAGGACCAAGCAGUAUAAACCCUGAGACAGGCAAGCACUAUGCCACAGAUUUUCCGGCCAUCACUGUCGCGGAUAUGGUCAAGCUCCAGAUGCGAUUCCUGAGCGAGAAGUUCAGUAUCUUCUCACUCCAUGCCGCAGUUGGGUCGAGUCUGGGCGGUAUGCAGUCAUUGGCUGUUGCGGCGGAGUUUGGACCGGAACGGGUCGGACGCGUUGUAAGCAUCAGUGCGUGUGCCCAAUCCCAUCCUACAUCAAUUGCCAUACGUUAUGCACAGAGACGGUGUAUAGUGACGGACCCAAAUUGGCAACACGGACACUUCUACGACACUGAGAGUUACCCAAGUGUAGGUAUGAAGACGGCUAGAAUUAUGGGCACCAUCAGCUACCGAAGCGGGCCAGAAUGGUUGAAAAGAUUCAAGAACAACCGCAUAGAUGAGGACAAACACAUGGGAGAACCGCACGGUUCCGGUUUUGGUCCCGAUUUCAUGAUCGAGGCUUAUCUGAGCCAUCAGAGCGAAUCAUUCGCCACCAGAUACGACCCCAAUUCCAUCUUGUACAUUAGCAAGGCUAUGGAUAUGUUUGAUUUGGGUAGAGGUUUUGGUUCACUGAGUGAAGGUUUGCAACGGAUCAAGGUUCCUACACUUGUUCUGGGGGUACAGAGUGAUAUACUUUUCCCCGUGUUCCAGCAGAAGCAGAUUGCCCAAUUGUUGCGUGAGGGAGGUAACAAAAAGGUAACGUACUACGAAUUGGAUGCCAUAUAUGGGCACGAUACUUUUCUUUUGGAUGUUAAGAAUGUGGGUGGGGCUGUGAAAGGGCACAUCGAACAUAAUCUGAGCUCGGCCGCCGAACAGUACAAGGCUAGUGGUUGCUGAGAGAACAGUCUGUUUACAAUAUGGCGCCCUGUACAUAAUUAAAGCUUCAAAAAUAAAAAUGCAGGACUCUAGACUUUUUCUAGC